CACUGCCACAAAACAGAUGGAAAACGAAGAAAAUGGGAAAUUCUGAUUCUAAAUUAAAUUUUCGCAAGGCUGUGAUUCAACUUACCACUAAGACACAGCCAGUGGAAGCCGGAGAUGAAGCUUUCUGGAACCAGUUUUGGUCGGAGACGGUCACGUCUGUCCAAGAUGUGUUCACGCUCAUCCCAGCUGCAGAGAUCCGAGCGUUGAGGGAGGAGUCGCCCUCAAAUCUUGCCACGCUCUGUUAUAAAGCAGUGGAGAAGUUGGUGCAAGCUUCAGAAGGAGCAUGUGGCACAUACAAAGAACAACAAACAGUUUUGAACUGUGUGCGGUUGUUGACCCGAAUCUUGCCAUACAUCUUUGAAGAUCCAGACUGGAGGGGGUUCUUCUGGUCAACUAUGCCUGGCCAAUCAAACGAGGAGCAUGUUGAGAAUGAAAGUGCACCGUUGGCUCAGUCGCUUCUAACAGCUUUGGCGGAUCUUUUGUUCUGCCCUGACUUUUCGGUUGCAUCAGCCAAAAAGGCUGGCCCAGAUAACCCUGAGGAUAUCUCAACCAUAGACAGCUGUGAAUAUAUCUGGGAAUCGGGGGUAGGAUUCGCACAUUCCCCGCACCACAAUGGCUACCACGAACAGAACCGAUCUGAAAUCCUUAAGCUUCUUUUGACGUGCUUCUCUGAAACUAUGUACCUGCCCCCUGUCGCUGAUGCACACAUUCAUUCCAACCAGUGGAUCUCUCAUUUCACCUCCACAGAAAAUAGGCAUGCCCUGCCACUCUUCACUUCAUUGCUGAACAUCGUGUGUGCCUACGAUCCGGUUGGCUAUGGCGUGCCCUACAAUCACUUGAUGUUCUCCGACUUCCGAGAGCCAUUGGUGGAGACGGCUCUCCAGGUUCUGUGUGUGAUGAUGGAGAAUGAUUCGAACAACAUUGGUGGAGAACAGACUCCUCAGAGUCCUGGCUUGGAGCAUAGUGAUUCGCAUAGUGAGGCUGGCGGACCUGAUAAUCUGUUUGUCAACUAUCUGUCGAGAAUUCAUCGAGAGGAGGACUUCUCUUUCAUUCUGAGCGGUAUCACGCGUCUGUUGAACAAUCCCCUGAUUCAGACCUAUUUGCCAGGAUCCACCAAGAAGAUCCAAUUCCACCAGGAGUUGUUGGUUCUCUUCUGGAAGAUGUGUGACAUAAACAAGAAAUUCAUGUUUUACGUGUUGAAGAGUAGUGAUGUUCUCGAUAUCUUGGUUCCAAUUCUCUAUCACUUGAAUGAUGCCAGAGCUGAUCAAUCUCGUGUUGGUCUGAUGCAUAUUGGUGUCUUCAUUCUUCUGUUACUGAGUGGGGAGAGGAACUUUGGUGUUCGGCUGAACAAGCCGUACAAUGUGCGCAUUCCUAUGGACAUUCCAGUUUUCACAGGAACUCAUGCUGACUUCCUUAUAAUUGUAUUCCACAAGAUUAUUACGACUGGUCACCAGAGACUGCAGCCACUCUUUGAUUGUCUCCUUACUAUUGUUGUUAAUGUAUCCCCGUAUCUAAAGACUUUGUCUAUGGUAGCCAGCACGAAACUACUUCAUUUGUUGGAGGCCUUCAGCACUCCAUGGUUCCUCUAUGCUAGUCCUACAAAUCAUCAUCUGGUGUUUUUCCUGCUUGAGGUCUUCAAUAAUAUUAUACAGUAUCAGUUUGAUGGUAAUGCCAAUCUCGUGUACACGAUCAUACGGAAGCGUAACGUGUUCCACCAGUUGGCCAAUCUACCCACUGAUCACAGCGCCAUUGCCAAGGCUGUCACGAAGCGAGGAAAGAAGUUUGGUACUCAUCAGACGCCAGAUGGAUCUGCUGAGCCGCCAACCAUGGAAGGGGCUCUGCCGGCUACAGAUGCUGAACCUGGCACUCUCAAGGCAACUUUGCUUGCUACGCCAGGUAUUGAAAAAAUGACUGAGACAUCAACUGCCACUGCACAUCGACUGUCUCCCGAGCAUGAAGCUGGCCCAACAGUGGCUGGUGCGGCUGUGGCUGCAGUGCACAGCAGCUCAGCCAGGAAAGAAGACAGCGAGAACAGCACUCCUGAGAAGGUAACGUUGAGGGACAUCGCCGAGGGCGCAAGGAAAGAUAGAAUGGAUUUCAGCGGGACUGAAUCGGGUUCUGACGGCCAGAGAGAGUCUGAAAUGCCAGUGAAAUUGACUAAACAACAGAGCAUGCCCACUCCACCACAAAGCCCAUCGCCCACUCAUUCAGCUUCAUCAGAAUACAGCCGACCACCAAUGAGGAAGUCUGCCUCAUCCAGCAAUGCUGCAGGAUCCUGGGUGGCCACCCCUGACUGGGUGAUGUCGUGGAAACAGAAGUUGCCCCUACAGACUAUAAUGAGAUUACUGCAGGUGUUGGUGCCGCAGGUUGAGAAGAUCUGUAUUGACAAGGGCCUGACUGAUGAGAGCGAGAUCCUGAAAUUCCUCCAGCAUGGUACACUCGUUGGACUGCUUCCAGUACCGCAUCCCAUCUUGAUUAGAAAGUACCAGGCCAAUAGCGGCACCACGAUGUGGUUCAGGACCUACAUGUGGGGAGUUAUAUACCUCAGAAAUGUGGAUCCACCGAUCUGGUACGACACAGACGUGAAACUUUUUGAGAUUCAACGUGUUUAAUUGGAGUAACAGGGAAACAUAGCGGCUGGGUGCAGAAUAGCUGUGUGCGUCUGCUAGGAAAUGACGCUUUGGAGAUAUGACAUAAUGUGGUGAAGGUUGAUAGAAAUUGGGAGACUAAACAUAGACAAAUAACCUAAUUCUGGGAAAAGGACUUUUAAAUGGCUGUAAUGAAGUGCCCAGUGUUUCUACAAAUUGACCUACAAUAAAAAAAUUGGGACUUUCCAACUUGGUGUAGAAUCUCCUAGGGGGCGCAGUCACUUGUGUAAGUUCGCUCUGCUCAUGAGGUCAGUUUUUAUACCAGACAAGUGGCAAACUAAUCACAUCUUGCAAGAUCUCCUACUGUUGUGAUAUAAUUUGCUGGCUUUGUUAAUAGUUUGCUGUAGCAAAACGUGCCACAUGAUGUCAUUUUAUAUUCAUGACACAACAUAAUCAGCUGUUGUUACGAUGUCUUGAAAAGUUACACAACUUGCUGCGCCAUCUACAGGGAUUUAUCAGACGUCCGCUUCCUCGUUUCAAUGAGCUGGAUUAUAUCAAACUGUACAAUGGGCAUGUGAACUGCUAUUUUAUUGUUAUCGUUGGGUCAUUUUGUAAACAAAAGAAUCAGGAGGACUGGGCCUUUGAAUGAUUUGACUGCAUGGGGUACUACUUAACUGUAACUGUCAUGAAGAGUGAAAAAAUCCCUGUAAAAAAGUGGACAAAUAUCACCUCUGAGUGCACCAAAUGGGGAUCAGAAUGUAUAUAAUGGUUAGUAGAAUAUUAGACAUAGGGCGUCACCUGGGGUGAGAUUUGUUCACUCUUUAACGAAGGUAGAUUGGUUCUUCGUGUACGCUGUAUCGCCAUCUUUUCACUUGCCUUUAACAUACUACUGUCACGUCGCCUAGAGUCUCACGCCGAAUGUGGGGUGUGAACCAAGGACCUCUUCACCACUAGCCAAGAGUCUGUGCCACAACUCCACAAUGGCUCCUUUCUUUACAAUUUCCUGAAAUUACUAUAUCUAGUCAGGUCACAUUUGAAUUUUCUAAAUCUCAUCAGUUUUUGGCUAAUAUUUACCUCACAAUAGAGGUAAAAUUAUCUGAUUGCCGAAUUUAUCUCAACAAUACUAUGCCUUGGUAUUGACUUCUAGAGUUACAAGUGUUUCUUUGGAAAAAUAUACAACCGUCACACUUUUUGCAGUAUCAGUAAAGUUUAUAUUUUGUUAUAAUUCUCUGAGUGGUCGAAAAAAGUGCGGAGGUAAACUGGUUUCUAAGAAUAUUACACGUAAGUUUAUGGUCAGUUUAAAAAGGGAUAAGUAGCAGGUCGUUAUGGUAUGAGAUUCAUUCAAUUCGUACACUUGAAAACAAAAAAAAAUUGAUGUUUUAAGAGAUAAAAAUGCUUCGAGAAGUGAUCUACGGCGAGUCGUCUUGUUAAAUAUAGGUGGAAAAAAUCAUAAUAUGUCUCACACUAAAAACAUUCUAACAAGUGUGAAGAGCAAAAAGUUCAAAAACAAAUUGGUGUCUGUGUACAUGUAUGAUAUGUAUAUUCUGUUGUAUUUGUUGUCAGAUAGUUUAUUCAUCAAAUUGCUGUAAUAGAAGGUACGAAUACUGCUUUGUAAACUUUUCAAGGGCUUGGAAGUAUUCAGAAUUUGCUUAUUACAUUGUGUUUCAUUAAGAAAGAGAUGGAGAUGCCAUUUGAUGUUCAUGAGCAUGUUACCCAGCAUUCCUGAUAUCGGAUUAUGAUUGUUGUCUGGAAGGUUUUGUUGUAUAAUUUCACUUUUAAGUUUGAUUUUAUAGAUAUUCUACAUCUGAAUGUGACCACUAUGAAAGUGGUGUGAAUAAUUUUUGAAAUAUUUUCAAGUAUUGACCAUAAUUCGGAAGGGAAUACGGUUGGAAAAUUACCGCAAUUAUUUCCCAAAAACUGUUGUAUCUAAUUCAAAAAUAUAAUUGUUUUAAGCAUUUUAUAGUUUAUUCUGUGUUGUAUAAUAUAUUCAGUAGUAAUGACUUGCAAGUCUGUGUGAUCAAAGGCAAAUUGGUCUGUUGAAAUCUCCUCAUGUCUUCUCUUGAGAGAUCAUGUUUUAAACAGCUGGAAUUUCAGAUAUUUCUCCUACUUUGAAUGCAUUGGUUUCGAAUGGGCGCAUUUGUAAGCACUAUUGUCGGGCACAGCUUUCGAACUUAACCUGCCUGCUUGAUUUUCAUUGAGAAUGACUCCCAGAAUUGCUUUGAGUGAAUAUUGUUGUUAAAGAUUUGUUAACCUUUCCCAUGUGGCUGGGAGAUAUUCUUGGCUAAUGCUCUCCAUGCCAUCUUGUAGCAGGCUUUAACUAAUCUGGUCAUGAACAGACAGCAGCACUGCCUUGAUAGCCUAUUUACAAUGUUGGCAAGAUUUUCGUACAUGUAGGUAGGACACAAUAGCGUCAAUAGGCGAGAAUAUCUCGUCGGUCCUCGGACAGCCGAAAGUUAAGCUGUUUUAGAAUUGUGGAAAUUCCGCACGAGAAGGGUUCAUGGUAAAUAAAGUAUUCAAGUGAAACUUGCUUAGAAUCUGAUUCUGAUGCUCCUGAUUUAUUUGCACGAUUUUGAGAGGAGCAGUGCUUGUCUUCAGGGUGUGUGCAAUUUAACAUAAUUACGUUUAGUUGGUUAGGGCUUGGCUCAUGACUAGUAGGGUGGUUGAGAACAGCGACAUAUCAAUGAUCUGUAUACGUAUGAGGUUAAAACUCUGCAGAAGGACAAAUUUUGUGUACAUUUCUAUUCGUGAGAAGUGUCUGUUCUCAACCUCCCUAUGGUAAACAACAUCAACUACAUGUACAUACUGUUGUGUGGUAGUCAUGUGGUCUUCCAUUCCGUGCUCGGAUCUGUUCUACAUCUAUUCCUAAGUCUAUCCUCGUGUAACAGUACCUUGUAUGUACUUCACAACAUUGUGUAGUGCUGCCUGGUGUGGAUUUAAUUAAAUACUUCAUGAUUGCCUGAGUCAUUGUGUCCGUUGGUUGAUGUUACAUAGUACCAGAAGAAACAAUAAACAUGAUCAAAUAUUUCCAUUUUCAGAAGCCAUCUGAGGAAACGGUGGCAAAUUAGUGCGCUAUUGAUGGGGAGAGGUCCUAGGUAUUAUGUUAUUUAGUUGACCUAAACGAGUAAUGUUGUGUAUACCUAUUUCAACAUCAGACGGGCCUUGGAACUUCUUCUGUAUAUCAUGCGCAUAUAAUAUGAUAGUCAGCUGGUAACUUUUUUGUUGUAAUUGUAAAUUAUUGUAACUGUGCCUGAAUAAAUCUCCAGGUAUAUGAUCGAAA